AUGGAAGGUUAUCAUGGCACGGUUUUUGCUUAUGGAAUGACUGGCACUGGAAAGACGUUCUCCAUGCAGGGAACCGCUACAUCUCCAGGUGUCAUCCCACUUGCAAUCACAGAUAUCUUCUCAUAUAUUAGAGAAACACCCCAUCGCGAAUUCUUGCUCCGAGUUAGUUAUCUGGAAAUAUACAACGAGAAGAUCCACGAUCUAUUAUCCAUGUCCGCGUCAGGGCAAGGAAAUGGAAAUGGAGCCCAAGGGCAGCAACAAGAAGAGAUCAAGCUUCGCGAGGAUAGCAAGCGAGGAGUUUACGCUACACCACUCAAAGAGGAGAUAGUCCAAAGCCCAACCCAGUUGCUACGUGUUAUCGCCAGAGGAGACCAUUCUAGGAGAACGUCCAGUACGCAGUUCAACUCACGAAGUUCUCGAAGUCAUGCUGUCGUCCAGAUUGUCGUGGAAAGCAGAGAGCGAGCUCCUGUGGCUGGACAUGAGAAGCGGGCUGCAAUUGCUCCCGGUGGAGUCCGUGUAUCAACCCUCAGCCUGAUUGACCUCGCUGGUUCCGAGCGUGCUGCAGAAAGCAAGGAACGCAGAGCAGAAGGUGCCCAUAUUAACAAGAGUUUACUUACCCUUGGAACAGUCAUUGCUCGUCUAAGCGUCGAGAAAGAGGGCAAAAAUGGAGACAAGGAAGGAAAGCAUUUACCCUACAGAGACAGCAAGCUCACUCGAUUGUUGCAGCCCGCACUUUCUGGUAACUCCCUUGUCAGUAUCCUAUGUACGAUCCAGGUUGGGUCUGGCGGAACUGCUGCAUCUUCCCAGUCACAUACGAACGAAACCAUGAACACACUCAAGUUUGCUGCGCGAGCAAAGAAUAACAUCGUCAGCCACGCAAAACGAGCCGAGGAGUCUUUGGGCAGUGGUACAGGUGAUGCAGGUAGCAGGGUCUUGCUUGAGCGGUACAGAAUGGAAAUCCAGUCUCUACGUCGUCAAUUGGAGAAUCAAGCUAAAGCGGAGACACCAACCACCACCUCCGAAACAGAAUCAAAAGAAGAAGAGCGAGCCAGAGAAAAAGAAGCUGCGCUUCGUCAUGAAGAACAAAUGCUGGAGAUGCAGCUUGCUCGUACUGCGCUUAAAGAACGAAUUGAACACUUGAACAGGUUGAUCCUAUGUUCAAAAUCAACUGGCGUCAAUGCAAGUCUGGCUAGAUUCUCCUCCCAAACCAGCCCAGGCUCCGUGGAUAUUCGAUCACUACGAUCCUCCGUUUCUCAUUCUACACUGGGCGCUGGUACAGCGUUGAACCGCUCUACAUCUCUUGCCUCAAUGAAGAGCAGUGCAAGUGCAGGCCAUGCCAAUGCAGCUGCCCCCUUCGCCCAUCACCAAGAUGACGACGAGGAGAUGAUCGGUGAAUUCGCGGACGGAAUGGCGAGCUUGCAGGUCCAAGUAAAUGCACUCCAGGCCGACCUUGCAGACAAAAACAGAUACAUCUCAACGCUUGAGCGUCGACUACUUCAAGCCCGUCGAUCAAGUCAUUCUCGUGUUUCCAUGGGCCUGAACCACCACCACCAUCUGAAAUCGUGUAGCACGACAUCCUCAAAUAACGAUUCAGACCUUGCCUCUCUUUUGCGGGAGAAGGAUAUGGAAAUCGCAGACUUACGAUUACAGUUAGACGACAAAGAUCGAAUGGUGGCAGCACUGAGAUCGGCAGCGAGACAAAGGGACAUGGCACACCUGACUGGCGGGAGCACAAACGCAACCAAUCGAGCAGAUGCUGCGCCUACACCUCCACCGCUUCACCCACCGCCACCUGUGGGAGCAGAUUACAAGAUUAUGGGCAUUAACAACGCCAUAUUACCCAAUCACAACAGCCACAGCCACAACAACCAUCACAGCGAGACCAACUCAUUAUUUAGCAAUAGUGGCGUUGGCUCUGGCUCUGUAUUGGGACGGGUCAGCCCCAAGCUUCUUCCGCCGGUGAAGUUAAGCGCCGAAGACAGAGAUAGGAAGCGAAAGAGCGUUGAUGAAAUGUCACGCAUGCUGGAUGAGAUGAUUCAAGAUCGAGUCGAGAGCGGGCAUCUCAUUAAGACUUCCAAGGGCCAUAUGCGAGUUUCCAGUGCUGGCGUAUCCCCAAAGAGCAACGAUGGAACUCCGCAGAAAAAUAGCAGAAUGUCAAGAAUGUCAACUGGCACGGUUGCAGAGCUGUCGUCCAGUAAUGGUCUCUUCUCGGACGUUAACUACAGCCAUUCUCGCACCAAAGAUUCCAUUUCUACCAAUUCCGACAACCAGCUUCGGCGUGAUGAAGAGCCCUCGGAGCAAAAUGCAGCGCACAUGGAUACCUCCGUUGACAAACCGGCUCCGAGGCCCAUGUCAUCGUAG